CCAACAUGGCAGAAGCUGUGGUCAGUCUUCCCUUCACUAACUUGGAAUGGUUUCAAAUCGUAAGCAUCCUCGCAUAACCCGAACACUCAUUCAUCAGCACAUACAUCGGAUCGAUGCUACUCUAAUCUUAAGGCUGUCCUGCCACACAUACAGGCAUAAAGAUGCAGUGGACCCCAGAGCAUGCACAGUGGGCAGAACAGCACUUUGACAUCAGCUCCACCACACGCUCCCCAGCACACAAGGCGGAGUCCUACAGGGGACACCUGCAGCCGACCUACCAGUACGCCUGGGCCAACGACGACAUCUCCGCACUGACUGCCUCCAACCUCCUGAAGAAGUACGCCGAGAAGUACUCGGGGAUUUUGGAGGGUCCGGGCGAGAGGGCCCUGCUUAGCUCCUACUCGGACGCUGCUCCGGGGCUUCUGAACGGGAGGAAGUCGGAGGGCGAGCCCUGGCUGGAGGGGGUGUACCCUGUGAACUGCGUCCCGGAUGUCAUUUCGGUGAGUAAGAGCGGGGCGAGCACCGGCCUGCCGCCGGCGGACGUGUCGGCCAGCAUCGGGAGCUCGCCAGGCGUGGCAGGAAACCUGACAGAGCCCAGCUACUCCAGCAGCAACUGCCGGAGUCACACGGCCUCCGCCCUACAUGCGGAGCUGUCGUCUCAGGAAUACACCGCGGGCUACAACGGCUCCUACCUGCAUUCAAGCUAUGGAGGGCAGCCUGCCUCGGCACUGCCCUCUCCCCACCCCUCGCCUUUGCACAGCGCCGGGCUCCUGCAGCCCCCUCCCCCGCCCCCUCCCCCCUCCCUGGUGCCCAGCUACAACGCCGGGUCCCCCAACCUUUCCGGUUAUAAUUACCCUCCGGCGGGGUACCCCCCGCAGACCGCCGUCGCCCCCGUGUACAGCCCGGGAGGGGCACCCCCUCCUUCUGCCUACCUGCCGUCGGGAAUCGCGGCCCCCACACCUCUGCCCCCCUCCACCCUCCCCAGCUAUACCUACCAGUCCCAUAACCUCACGCCGAUUGCACCAACACCUCUGAGCAGCAGUUCAGCCAGCUCUCUGAAGAGAAAAGCUUUCUAUAUGGCAGAGCAAGGAGAAAUGGACUCCAGUUAUGGAAAUUUCACCUACAGCCAACAGCGCUCGACUCAGAGCCCCAUGUACAGAAUGCCGGACAACAACAUUUCAGACGCGAGCCGGGGGAAUGGGUUUGACAGAAGUGCUGAGGUGUUAUCUUUGCCGUUUAAGCCCACCAAGCAGCUGAUGCCGUCAGAUCAGCAGAGGAAGUUCAGCGGCCAGUCCGGCAGGGCGCUCACCCCUCCCUCCUUCGGCUCGGCCAAGGGCUCCUCGGGUGGCUCCAAGCCGGGCGAGUCCUUCGGGAAGUUCGCUCCAGGCGUCAUGGGCGAGCACGGUGACGAUCACCGGCAGCACCUAUCCCACCCCAUGCCGGGACCUACCUCAUCCUCCCACCCCGCCGAGGAGCAGCUGAAGAGCAGUGACCCGCGGCUGCUGGAGAUGGUCACCACAGAGAUCCUCCAACAGGGCCCCCCGGUGGACUGGAGCGACAUCGCGGGCCUGGACCUGGCCAAGGCCGCCAUCAAGGACGAGGUGCUGUGGCCCAUACUGCGGCCAGACGUGUUCAGCGGGCUGUCCGCUCUGCCCCGGAGCGUUCUCCUCUUCGGACCUCAGGGAACCGGCAGGACGCUGCUGGCCCGCUGCAUCGCCAGCCAGCUGGGGGCCGCCUUCCUCCGGCUCAGCGGCUCCGCCCUCGUCACCAAGUGGCUGGGCGAGGGCGAGAAGAUCGUCCACGCCUCCUUCCUGGUGGCGCGGUGCCGGCAGCCGGCGGUGGUGUUUGUCAGCGAGGUGGACAUGCUGCUGUCGGCCCAACUGAGCGAGGAGAGCCCGGUGAACCGGAUCAGGGGAGAGCUGCUGGCCCAGCUGGACGCCGUCCUCUCCUCGGCUGAGGAUCAUGUGCUGGUGGUCUGCUCCACCAGCAAGCCCGAGGAGAUGGACGAGUCGCUCAGGAGGUACUUCCCCAAGCGGCUCCUCGUCCCCCUACCGGACAGCGGGGCGAGGCACCAGAUAAUCAGCCAGUUCCUCUCACAGCACAACUACUGCCUCAGUGACAAAGAGGUGGCGCUGGUGGUCCAGAGGACGGAGGGCUUCUCGGGGCUGGACGUGGCUCGGCUGUGCCAGGAGGCGGUGGUCGGCCCCCUGCACGGCAUGCCAGGUGCUGACCUGUCGGCCAUGCUGCCCGGCCAGCUGAGACCGGUCACUUACCAGGAUUUUGAGAAUGUUCUCUGUAAAGUCCAGCCCAGUAUAUCGCAGAAAGAGCUUGACACUUACACAGAAUGGAACAAAAUGUACGGGGGCAGCCAAUGAAAAGAGACUUUAGAGAAGGAAGUAUGGGCAGGGACAGCCUGGGGAAGAGGGAUAAAUUAAGAGUCCCUUGUUUAAUUACAGUGCAGAUUGAAAGGAGAAAGUACAGACCGCACUGAUAUCGGCACCUAAAGGCAUCAGUACAGACUUGAAAGGAGCAUGCUUUAAAGGAGAGAUGGUA